AUGUGGACGCGUCCGAUGUUGCAGCCAGAUGCUGGCAUUCGUGAAGCCUUCGCCACAAGGUCCGUUGACAUUCCUUGCAGUGCCGAGUCAGAUGUUCGAACGUUGCCUCGCCGCUCGCUGGGAAACCCCAAAAAGAAAAUACCACUUACCCUCGACUUCAAGCUGGUUUCACUCGGCCUUCGUCUACCGAAACCUCAGUUGACUCAAUAG